AGUGUCAGUCCAGAAAAACAACGGCGUUCCUGUGCUCUCAGGCCCAUCUGUAUGAUGACUCCACCCACAUAAACUCAAUAAAAGACAGAGACACACACUCUGGUGGAUGCUGGAAGCAUCUUUUAUCUGCUGCAGCGCACCUGUGAUUGACUCCUCUGACACCAACAGGUGCCGCUGUGAUGACGUUUGUCUCUCGCUGUUUUCGUCUCAUCCUGCGUGACGUCCUCACCCAGUCCUGCCUACACCGGUUCCUGCUGGAGAUGGUUGGCACCGCCCUCUUCCUGUCUGCCAGCCUAUCAGCUGUUCUGAUACGAGCUGACCCGAGGUCAGUGGGUGGUCUGACCAAUCAGAGCCGUCCUUCUGAAGCUUCCUCUUCCCCUGGACUCGUGGCGGUCUCACCUGUGUGUCCCCUGCAGGUAGUACUGGUCUUUGGUCUCUCUGUUGCCAUGGCGGCGCUGUCCGUAGGCGGGGCGGUUCACCUGAACCCUGCAGUUUCCAUAGCAAUGGCUCUGACGCUCAGGCUCCGCCUGUGGAGGGCAGUGCUGUACAUGAUUGGUCAGCUGCUGGGGGGCGUGGCCUCUGCUGCGCUGCUGCUCGGACUGACGGGAGAUGUGACACCUGCUGUGAACCAGGUGUCGUUUGGCAUCCGGCUGCACCAGGCGGUCGCCGUGGAAAUGCUCAUCACCCUCCAACUGGUCCUUGUUGUGAUGGCAACCACUGAUGUACCUCUGCCGGUGAUGGCCACGCCUCUGUUGGUUGGCCUGGCUGUUAGUCUGGGUCACUUGGUGGCUGUAAGUCCCGCCCACAUCUCUGUUGGUCUUCUUUGGGCCCAAGAGACAAACAACCAACAGUGUGUUUCCUCCCAGAUCCCCGCCACAGGCUGUGGGAUGAACCCAGCUCGCUCCUUUGGUCCUGCAGCCGUAACACUCGACUUCAGGAACCACUGGGUGUUCUGGGUGGGGCCUAUUCUCGGGGCGUGCGUCGCCGCCCUCCUCAAUGACCUGCUACUGCGGCCACGCUGGUGUUGCCCUGGAGAUUGGUGGGCAGAGCUGAAACAACUGUACGUGUUGACAGACGAAGAGCAGCAGGGAGCGCUGUCACCGCUGCCGUAACUCAACAGUCUGAGAAGAGUCGAUCGUCACCUAACAUCCUGUUCAGGCUUUAAUGAAGAUGCUGCAGAUCGCCAUGAAGAGCAACGUGGGCGUCCAGAUUCUUCAAAGAUUUUUCAGGCGACCACUUUUAAACACACAAGUAGUUUAAAAGUGGCGUGUACAAGUAGCCCCAAAAAAGGCACUCAAAGAUUAGAGACAUUUCUCUGUUAAAAAUGUCUUCCCGAGCCAGCAACCAACUGAAUGUUCAGAUUUACUCCGAUCUAAUGCAUUUCUAGCUGUUACUUUUCUCUUACAAGCUAUUUACCUCAGACACAAGAACAUCCCUCCAGUUAUCACACUGGGUUCUUAAAGAAUAAAUAAAUAUUGCAGCCAACUACUUUGUGAUUUCUAGCUUGAUUGUUGUUAUGAUUUCAGC